AUGAAGCCUAAGGAAAAAAGAAAACAUCUGGAAAGCAAGUAUUUCAUCAAAACUGCAAGGAUGUCAGGAGGACCCUGGAGCACUCAAGAAGAUGUGCCUCAGCCUCAGUCAUUUAUGGAGACCCAAGGCUGCCAACAGGCAGCAGGAGAAAAUGCAUCCACCUCUGAAUAUUUCUCCUGUGUUUCCUUACCAUCCAAGCUUUCCCAUCAUGAUGAGGAUGGAUUCCAUCAAUUACAACAAAAUGUUUCCUAUCUUGGAGACCUUAAUAUGCCUGUGUCCCAGUCUACACGGAAAUGGAAGAUCAUGGAGGGGCACACAGGAGGACCCUGGAGCACUCAAGAAGAUGUGCCUCAGCAUCAGUCAUUUAUGGAGACCCAAGGCUGCCAACAGGCAGCAGGAGAAAAUGCAUCCACCUCUGAAUAUUUCUCCUGUGUUUCCUCACCAUCCAAGCUUUCCCAUCACGAUGAGGACGGAAUCAAGGAGACACCUGUACCCAAGGACCUGGUGCAAAUGGAUAUGUCCUCUGACUAUUUAGAUACCUCCAGUUCUUCACAUUCAUCUAGUAAUAAGGAGAGUGGGCUCAGGAAAAUUUACUAUAUGCGUGUACAAAUGAAAAGGGGUGUGGCUGUCUUGUACCAUACAGAGUUUGGAUGGGAACCUCCCUCAAAAAGGAUCAAAAUGGAAAAAAUGAUCUACACUACAGCGGUCCAUAGAAAUGCCCCCCUCUCUCACACGUCUGGGGAGAACCUCCUCAAUGACCCUGAGCCCAGAGUAGACAGUCCGGCCCAAGAGAAAAGGGAGAAGGCUGGCUGGUGCGCAGCACCUUCAACUCCGGUGUUCUAUCGCAGGGUCCCGUUGCAGAGGCCGCUGGACAGCGGGUUCAGGUGCCUGGCCUGCUGCCACGUCUUUGCUAGCCUAGCGGCCCUUCAGCAGCAUGUGGAGCAUGGGGUCCAGGAGGGCUUCAGCUGCCAUUUGUUUCAUCGAGCCAUGGCUCGUCUAAAAAAGCGUAAGAGGAAGAAUAAGAAAUUAGUAAAGUCAACAUUAAGUUGCCAGGAGGAAAAAUAA